CCACCCGGCGAAUUUGACAUGGCUCUCAGCGGCACGCUGCUCCCCUCCAUCGCGACCUUCGCAGCGGGCACGGCGGGCAGGGAGAAAGCUCUGAGGCAGGCAGGUGCCAGCAAUCGCUGGAGGGAGGAGCUGUCCCAUCUCAAGCGGCUCCCGCCCGGGCUGACGGGGCGGCCCUACGAGCUGCCGGCCGAGCUGGAGACCCAGGCGAGCAGCGGCAGCCGCGGGGCCAGCCCGGCGCUCAUGGCCCGGAGGGAGGCGGAGGAGCUCAACGAGCUGCUGGACUUCGACUUCAUCCUCUCCAACUCGCUCAUCCACCAGGAGCCGGCGGCCGCCGCGGCCGUGGUGGUCUCCGCCGCCUCGCCCCCGGCCAGCGCUUGCCCCUCGGCGCCCGCCGCCAGCGCCUGCCACUUCACCUACCCGCUGCAGAGGGGGGAGCCCGGCCUCCUGUACGGCGCCGCCCGGGAGCCCGCCUCCGCCGCCCCCUUCAACCUGGCCGACAUCAACGACGUGUCCCCGUCCGGUGGAUUUGUAGCCGAGCUGAUGAGGCCGGAUUUGGACCCGGUUUACAUGCAGCAGCAGCAGCAGUCGCCUCUGGGCAGCCUGCAUGGGAAAUUUGUUGUGAAAGCCACGGUGAACAUGGGGGAAUAUAACCACAUCAGUGUUAGCGGCAAGAACAACCCGGCUGCUCCCUGCACGGACAGCCCCGGCGCCCCUUACGGCUCCCUCCCCAGGAUGUGCCAAAAAAUCAAGCAGGAGGCAGCCCCUUCUUGCACCAUUGCCCAGCCUCCUCCUGGCGCUAGCCAGCGAGCCCAGCAGCACGAGUUCCCCUUGGGGAGGCCGCUGCCCAGCAGGACUAACCCCUCCUUGGCUCCAGAGGAGAUGAUGAACAGCAGAGACUGCCAUCCUUCCUCCCAGGGGCUAAGUCACCUGUCAUUGCCCCCAGGCUACCACCCUGCCCCGGGCUACCCUCCUUUCCUGCCAGAACAGCUCCCACCAAGUGCACUACAGUAUCAAGGUCAGUCUAAGUGUCUAAAUGUUUCGGGAGAGCCUUUAAAUGUGCCUCCCUUGGUACAAGGGGUGAUGAUGCUGACUGCGCCCUCUUCACCUUUAGAGCUGAUGCCACCUGGGAGCUGUCUGCCAGAAGAAACCAAGCCAAAGAGGGGACGUAGGUCGUGGCCCAGGAAAAGGACCGCCACGCACACCUGCGACUAUGCGGGUUGCGGCAAAACCUACACCAAGAGCUCUCAUCUCAAGGCACAUCUUAGGACCCACACAGGCGAAAAACCAUACCACUGUGAUUGGGAGGGCUGUGGAUGGAAAUUUGCCCGCUCCGAUGAACUUACCCGUCACUACAGGAAACACACCGGCCACCGCCCUUUUCAGUGUCAGAGAUGUGACAGAGCAUUUUCCAGGUCAGAUCACCUAGCCUUACAUAUGAAGAGGCACUUUUAA